UUAAAAUAGUCGUAGAAGCCAAGCCCAGGAGAUCCAACAAGGCAACUCCCCCCACCCCCUCCGUCCUCUUCCUCCCUCCCUCCCUCCCUGCUGCCGCUCCACUCCGCUCCCCGGCUGGGCCACCCCGCGCUCGGCUCGCCCCUCGAAGCGAGCUCCCGUGGGGCCCGGCGCCGGCACGCCACCUCGGCCGCCGCGGCAGGAGGAGGAGGAGGGUACGAGCCAGCCGUCGCCGUCGCCGUCGCCGCGUGUGGUAGGUGAGAGGUCGCUGUCGUUCGCCGUCCCGUCCCGCCCGCCUGCGCCCAGCCAGGAUUCUUCGACCACGCGCCGCGUAGGAUCGCCUCAGGUUGGAGUGGCUGGAUUUGGCAGGAUAACUCUGCAACACGGGGGGGGGGGGGGGGGGGGGUGUUGUUUGGUGUGCUGUGAGAGCAUGCCAUGGACUAGAAGUGAGGGGUUAGGGUUUGGUGUGUGGUAGCGGCUCCUGUUUCGGCUGAAGGGGCAGGGAUCGCCUUUUGCCGUUUCUUCCUGGGAGGAUCUGAAUCUCGUAUCCGUGUUGAUUCGGUGGGUGGCGUCAGCUGUUCUGUUCUAGGUGGUAGUAUGAUGAAGCAGAUAUUUGGGCGGCGCAAGGCGUCCAAAACCGCAGAUAAGGAGUCUGUUGGCGGGAGGAGGCAUGCGGUGUUGAACCAGCACUCGGGUUCUGGAGUUGCCGACCUGAGUGGCCAGCAGCAAAUUUUGUCGGGUACUGGGCAUGCCUAUGGGAGCGGAAACCGUGUGGGGUUCCAGGAGUCGAGGAUAAAUGAUGCUUUCUUCUCUUCUUACUUCCGACCGUUGCCGAGCAUUAAGGAUGUGCCAAAUACGGAGAAACAGAACCUGCUCAUCGUAAAGUUGAACAUGUGCUGCACCCUGUUUGACUUUUCGGACCCGACAAAGAACAUAAAGGAGAAGAAGAUAAAGGUGGAAACAUUGAUGGAGAUACUCGAUUAUGUCAAAACAGCCAACACAAAGUUCCCUGAGAUUGUUGUGGAGGGAAUCACAAAAAUGAUUUCAGCAAACUUGUUCAGGACACUGGUUAUCCCGCCCAGGGAGAAAAAGGUGCUUCAAGCUUUUGAUUUAGAAGAGGAUGAACCAUUGAUGGACCCUGCAUGGCCACACUUGCAUAUUGUGUAUGAGCUGCUCUUGAAUUUUGUUCAAUCUGCAGAAACUGAUGCUAAAUUGGCUAAACGAUAUGUUGACCAUUCCUUUAUUCUAAGGAUGCUUGAGCUCUUUGAUUCUGAGGACCAUAGGGAGAGGGAAUACCUUAAGAUGUUAGUUCACCGUAUCUAUGGGAAGUUCAUGGUGUAUCGGCCAUUUAUCCGGAAGGCUAUCAAUAAUGUAUUCUACCAGUUCAUAUAUGAAACUGAAAAGCAUAAUGGAAUAGCAGAGCUCUUGGAAAUUUUAGGAAGCAUCAUCAAUGGAUUUGCCUUGCCACUCAAGGAAGAGCACAAACUGUUCCUUGUAAGGACCUUAAUUCCACUUCACAAGGCAAGGUGUAUUUCAAUGUACCACCGGCAGCUGUCUUACUGCAUUACACAGUUUGUUGAAAAAGAUGGCAAGCUUGCGGAUACUAUUAUUAGGGGCAUCAUAAAAUAUUGGCCUGUCACAAACAGCCCAAAAGAAGUACUCUUCUUGGGCGAGUUGGAAGAGAUACUAGAAGCAACACAACCUAGUGAGUUUCAAAAAUGUAUGGUUCCUGUUUUCUGCCAAGUUGCUCGCUGCUUUAACAGCUCUCACUUCCAGGUUGCUGAGAGAGCAUUGUUUUUGUGGAACAAUGAUCGCGUGGAGAGUUUGAUUAGGCAAAACAGUAAAGUGAUCCUUCCUAUCAUCUUACCUGCCUUGGAGAAAAAUAUAAACGGGCACUGGAACCCAGCCGUGCAAAGCCUCAGUAUGAAUGUGCAAAAAUUGUUCUCCGAUCGUGAGCCUGAGCUGUUUGCUGAAUGUGUGCUGAAAUAUGAGGAAGACAAAGUCAGAGAGGAGGAGCUUAAGCUGAAGCAGGCGGCGGCAUGGAAACGUCUAGAUGAGAUUGCAUCCUCCAAAGUCACAAGUGGCGAGGCUGUCCUUGUCUCUCCAACCUUGCCCCGCCAACCUUCAGGCUUGUAGGAACUUUCAAAGGAUCCUUGCAGAGUCAUCCAGCAUUGUACAGGAUUGGGUUGUAGAUAGGGAAAAAAAGGGGUAUAUGAAGCCGCCAAGGCUGGUGUGCGAAACAGAGGGAAAAGAGAUAUUGGAAGCCAAUUGUGCAUCAGUUCUGUAAAUCACAUGCCAUGGCUUCUCUUGGCAUUCUGGUGGUUCAGUCUCUUUUGUAGUUUGUCGGAGAAUUUUUUUUUUCCGGUAUAAAAUCGGUUAAAGGGGAGCUGGUACAUGCCU